GUUGCCUAAAAAUCAAAAUCCCCCCCUCACUUCCUCGUGGCGGUCCGAUGCCGCCGCACGCCGGCGUCGACCUCCCGCGCGCCAUCUGCGCCGCCGUCAUCAAAUGCUCCUUCAAGCCGCACGCCCACCUCCUCGCCGCCGACCCGUCCCUCCUCGCCGCCGUCCUCGGCCGCCUCUCCCCGCUGCCCUCCGCGGCCCUCUCAUUCUUCCGCGCGCUGCCGCCCCCGCACCCGCUCGACGCCUCCCUCGCCCUCGUCCGCCUCCUCGCCGCGCACCCGCGCCACCACCCCGUCGCCCGCUCCCUCCUGCGCGACCUCUCCGUCCGCCACCCGCUCUCCUCCCCGCUCAUCCUCCCCUCGCUCCUCGCCGAGCCCCACGUCCCGAGCUGGCUCCUCCUCGCGCUCGCCCAGGGCGGCCGCGCCGGGGACGCCGUCCGGGUCUUCGACCACAUGCGCGCGGCGCGCCUCGCGCCCGACGCCCACGCCUGCACCGCGCUCCUCACCUCGCUCGCCAGGGCCCGGAUGACGGCCACCGCGCGCAGGGUGUUCGACGAAAUGGGCCUGGCCGGGGUCGCCAUGAACACGCACGUCUACAACGCCAUGCUGCACGUGUGCCUCAAGGCCGGGGACGCCCUGCGCGCCGAGGCGCUGAUGACGAAGAUGGAUGCCGCCGGCAUCCCGCUGGACCUCUUCUCCUUUAACACCGCCAUCGCGCUGUAUGUCAGGAAGGGGAUGCAGUACGAGGCGAUGUGCGUGCGGGACCGGAUGGCGAACGACGGUGUCGAGGCGGACAUCGUCACCUGGAACACCGUGAUCCACGGGAUGUGCAAGGAGGGGAGGAUGAAGGAGGCAGCCCAGCUCCAUAGAGACAUGGUGGCGGCAGGCGUAGAGCCGGACACGGUGACGUACACCACGCUUGUGGAUGGGUAUUGCCGGGCGGGUGAUGUGGGGGAAGCGAUGAAACUGCGAGGGGCGAUGGAGGCAAGGGGGAUGUUACCGGGUGUGGCUAUGUACAACGCGAUCAUUAGGAAGCUUUGUGAGGAUGGCGAGAUGAAGGAAGUGAACGGGUUGCUUAGCGAAAUGGAUGAGAGGAAGGUGAAGGCUGACCAUGUGACGUGCAACACGUUGAUCAACUCAUACUCCAAGAAGGGGGACAUGCCAUCGGCAUGCAAGGUCAAGACGAGGAUGAUGGAGUCAGGCUUGCAGUUGGAUCAGUUCACUUACAAGGCUCUCAUCCAUGGAUUCAGCAAGGCCAAGCAGCUAGAUGAGGCCAAAGAGGCCUUGUUUGAGAUGAUGGGUGCAGGAUUUUCACCCAAUUAUAGUGUAUUUUCAUGGCUCGUUGAUGGCUUCUACAAGAAGAAUAAUGCAGAUGCAGUGCUACUCCUUCCUGAUGAACUUAUGAAAAGAGGCCUUCCACCACAUAAAUCAGUGUACAGGUCUCUGAUCCGAAGGCUCUGCAAGAAGGGGCUGGUUGAUCUUGCACAAAAAGUACUUGACCAGAUGCAAGGCAAAGGUCUAGAAGCUGACUGUCUGGUGUAUGCCACACUUGCAUACGCACAGCUGACCGCAGGAAAGCUGGCUGCUGCUUCCGACACAUUGAAUGACAUGGCAAAGAAGCAGCUGUCCGUGACGCCCCAGAUCUACAACUGUCUAUGCACUUCUUAUGGGGACGAGAAGGAGACACUGAACAUGUUCUGGGUUCAUGCCAUCGAGAGAGGCCUGAUUGGGAAGAGUGUGUACAAACUGAUGCACCAAGCAAGGCUGAAAUCAUUGAAUCCUGCAGUUGAGAACGAGGGGCAUGCUCCUGUUUCAAGGCCGGGCUUGCCGGCGUCUGUGAAAUGAGAACUCAGGGGGCUUAUACACUUGUGGCAGUUUCAUGUAUCAUUACCAUAUGCCCCCCUCGUGAAAGGGUAUGAAACACACUCUGGUGCCCUGUGAAUUGGCACCGCAUCUUGUUGGCGCUGAAGGUUGCGAGCUAUGCUCCUCGCAUAUCCAUGUCGCGUGCAUGAACCUGGUCAACAGAAGCAUACCCAAUGUAUGGCAGCAAGAGGACAGUUGAGGUGGUGAAAGCACCUUGCUGUGCGGGUAGAAGCAGAACAUGUUUGAUACUUUGGUUUCGCUAGGGAUUCACAGCGCAAUCUGUUUUUUUGUUUUUUGUUUCAGUUAGAAUAUGUUUACUCAGUUAUGUAUCUUUGAUACCAAAUUCUGUUUAGGGAAAAGGAAGCAAUGCGCAUGCUUAUCUAUUUUCUGAGCUCAACAAGGUAGCGACAAAUAGGCAAAUAAAACCCAGAUGCUUAGACUACA